GGAAAUUUUGUCGUCGCUGAAAAGAAAACACGUUAUUUUGCUAUUUCAUAAUUUCUUUUUAUCGAAUUUCACCUAGUAACUGUGUCAUGCUCCCAAAUAGUCAUCUUGUAUUGAAAUUUCGGAAGGCUGCAGUGAAAUUGUCCGUUAAAAUGGAACUUCGUUAGAGCAUCUACACGGACUAGAAGAAGGAAAGCCAAACUAACGAAGCGAAUCAUUGUCGAAUGGCUAGAGAAGAGAAUGACGCUGAAUUUAUACCAUCCGAUGGUAUCAAAUCGAAUUAGCAUUUGGCCCCCGCAGUAUGGGAAUGGUUCCCGACCGAAAUUUAUGGAUUGGGCUUCUGAACUGGACUUAUGCUGUUUGCGGUCCUCCACGGGUUGUGAUCUCCUCCGCAACUGGGCUUAUGCUAUUUAAAAGAGGGUUUUUUGAAGAAAGCUUGAUAAAAUUGUUUUUGGGAGGAGAGCACAGUAAACUUGGUGGCCGUAGGCUCCGUUGCUAUCGUUUGGUUUCAGGUUGUGAGGUUUUUGUGUUAUAUGAUACGCGGUCGCACACAUAAAUAAAGAAAAUCUAGUUUUUAUUAUGUUCGCAUAUUCUGUUAAAGCAGAUGUGAUAUUUAUUCCAUUGAUCGUACAAGUUUCCUACUUGGGAUGCAACCGAAAGGCUUUGAAAAGUUUAUUUGUGGAUUUUAAAUUGAACCGUUUUAUUAAUACAGUAUUGGAUAGAAAACCUACUACCGUGGAGCCAAUGCAUGAAGCCCAAAAGCCUAUUGAUGAAACGAAAGUUUGAAAUUGGCAUAAACUUUAUUUCAAAAUGUACAAAAGUCAAAUUUCCCGUAAAAACUCUGUUCUGCUGAAGAGCUCUUGCCAAAUGAAUGUUAGAAUGAUUAAAAGUUUGAACAACUUAAUAUACUUCACCUGGUUUCACUCGCCAGUUAGAACGCCUUCUAGGUAUGUAUUUUAGUCUUAUAGGUUUUAUUUGGAAAAUCAAAUAGGAACAUUUAUGGUUGAACAGGGCUGCCAAGCAGUAGGCAAUCAUUCCCAUGAUGACGGGGACCAGAAGGUUAAUUCAAUUUGACACUGUGCAUAAAUUCAGCGCCUCUCUCUUCUCUGGCCAUUCGACAAUGAUUCGCCUUGUCAGUUUCGCUGUUUUUCUUCUUGUCAGCGUAGAUGCUCUGACCAAGUUCCAUUUCAAUGGCCAGCUUUUCUGUAAUCUUCCAAAAUUCCAAUACAAAAUGAUUAUUUACGAGUGGGACAAGUACAAUGGGUGAGAUUCGCUGAAAAAUUAUUCAGAAAAGUAGCAAAAGCCUCAGCGACGAUCCAAUUUCCCACAUGGCUCCCGUUCAAUCCCAUGCUCCACACACGUACAGAGCUGAAGCCCAAGAUACAAAUGACGGACCCUUUGAUGUAGAAAACAUACCUUUGUAACUUUUUAUAAACUCCAUAUUUCAGAAAGAAUUCGAGAUUUAUAUGAUCAUGGUUCACUCUUGCUCUAAUGAUGGGAAAAAUCGAGAGCUUAGAGUUGAUCUUGGACAUUAUCCGGUCAAGCCAGGGUUAGUUUCUUAAUUUUACACCUUUUGUAACAGAAUUGAGUUCCAGAGACGUAACGAGAACUGUCAACAUUAACAUACACAAUGUGGGGAAGCUGACGAGUGAAAAAAUUGGGAAGAGACGGUUUUAUGAUGGACGUGAUGUACAUGAAGUCUAUGAGCAACAAUUCUAUUGAAUUUUACAAUAAUCUAAUAAACUUAUCCACUGUACUUGCUCCAGUUCUUGUUAUAAUUCUCCAUCCUGGGUAGAUCAGUAGUGGCCAAUAGAAGCCUGAAGUGGUCUAAUCCAACCUUUAAGGUUUUCCACUGAUUCCAAACUGCUAUGUAAAAAAAUUCAGAAAGUUUUCCCUGAUUUUAUAUUUCAGCUUGAAAUCGCGACUUUCAAGAGUUUUUUUUUUCCUGUUUAAGUAUGGUACCCUUAACUAGACUACACGAUUUUCUUAUCAAUUUGUUGCCAACUGAUAAGAAUAUCACAUAUUUAUUUGUCCUCCUACUAACUAUUUUAUUGAUUUUUUUGUACUUUUUUUGUACGACACAAAAUGAUUCAAGUAAUACUGUAUUUCACUUUAAAUUUCGCGGGAUUUUUUGUUUUUCUUGCAAUAUGGAAUUGGUUGCCCAAACCAAAACCGUUUGACUACACCACAAUUCCGGGUAUGAAGCUUAAUGUAUCAAGUGCUGAGGAGAUUCCGGAAAUGGUGAAAUUACCGGGAGAACGUGUGGAAAAAGAGUUUAAAGGGCAUUUUGAGGAUAUUAAGAGCAAAACUUCAAACUUCCGAGAACUUCUAGACUUCCUCAAUACAAAAUACGGGCCACUCAGCUCAUUUUGGUGGUCUUCUCGCUAUGUGGUUGUGGUUUCCAAUGAGAAGUUUGUUGGGGAGCUCAAAAAGUACAGGAGCCACCUGGUAGCGGUUACUCCGUUUGGUAUUGGAAGUUAUCUCCAUGCCGAUCCCAAGUACUGCACCGCUCAGAAACUCAAUACAAUUUCCAUUCGUGGCGGGACCCAAGCUCCAAAAAUCGAUAAUACACUAUCCGAAGAGUCUCAAAAUAGGUUGAUGAUGACGUUAGACUCUAUGACCGAUGACGUCACAGAAAAAUGUGACGUGGCGCAAAUAAUCGAUAAUUUGAAACAAUGCAAAGUUCAGAUGAAGAAAAAUCGAAAAUCUCUGGGCCGCCCGUUAUUGGUGGUUUUUGAUGAGGAAAUUUGGGUUGAUGCACAUCCUAUUCCGAAAUAUAUCCCCAUCAUCAUCCACGUGUCGGAAAUUAUUCGGAACUGGACGGAAGAUGAACUUUUUCCGAAAUAUUAUGCACAGUUUUACUGGCUACCCGGUUUUCAAAUGAUAACUGAUGUUUCCUGAAAAUAAUUUUUAAAUUGAUUCAAUUUUUUGAAAUAAAAUGAAAAACAUCAUGUAUUUAAUAAAAAGAUAGUUGGGGAAAA